AUGGCUUCUUCAUCCAGGUCCUCCAAUAGAAGGGCUGAGCGCCAGCAAGAUGUCCCAGAGCCCGUUAAAGGUUUUGCGUUCACCGUACGAGGUCUCGCUGUCGAAGAUGGAUUCAAAGAUCGUGGUGUAAAAACUACGAUAUGUGCCAGUGCCGAAAAGAAGAACCAAUUUCAAGAUUUGAAGACAAGAGCAGAGAAUGGUGAAGAGGGGAUACUGCGAAUGGAAGCAGAGUUUACACGGAGAGAGCUGGGGCCGUUGGAACCCGGUCUAAGUUCGUAUCUUGUAGUAGGAUACGUCCUCCUUGAGGAAGAUCAUAAUCGAACAUUUGACCAAUCCGAAACGAGCAAGAAAAAACCUGUUGGCGCCACUCAACCAGAAAGAUAUAGAAAAUUUGAUGACAAUCCAAUGCCCAUUUUGGUGGUCACGGAUGUCAUCGACGCUGUCGAUGACAAUUAUCAGAUGAGGUACUAUGCUUUGAUGAGCCCCAAAAACGGAAUUUGCACACCGAACAAAGUAAAAAUUGACAACAUUUACUUCGUUCACGAGUUUCGUGAUCUUGAAACAGCUCUAAAGACAAGGAAAACCACGUGGGGACGACUAGCACUUGCUGCUGCGGUGCGACCAGAUAUCCUGGCAACACCCACGGUGAGACAGGCUGACUUUAAGAGAAGCAAGCCCACAUCCAAAAGCAUCCGUGCAAGAUGCGGUUGCGGACUUUCAACACCGCCCCCGCCUAGCUGUACCGCACUUCGCAAUUUCUGUGAACUAGACAGAGAUCUAUCCAUCGAGGAGGCGAAGGACGUUGUUGCUGAGGUUCAAAGUUUGUGGCCAGAGGUGGGUGAGAUUAGAUGGGAAGCCGUGAGGCAAAUCAAGAGAGGCCUUGUUGAUCUCGAAGCUGAGCUCGAAUAUCGGUUGGUCAGGGCAGUUUUGGCGGAAGGUGGACAUGUUUUCCGAUAUCAAGAAGAUAUUGAGGAGCGGCCCUCCAAGGACAAUGAUGAAACCAUGAAUGAAGGAGGGGACGAGGUGAAUGAUACGGUGAUGUGCGGUGAAAGUGACUCCCCGGAGGCCAUACAACACACAAAUCAAGUGGAGGCGAUUGUUCUGACUGCCCAAAGAAUGAUCCCGCUUCCGGAAUCGACCAUGUCGAUUCUCACCAAGGGAGAUCGAACUAUACUCGCAGGUGUUUUGAAGAAGCUCAAGGAGAUACAAAAGGCCAUGAUUGACGGAGAUCAAACCAUUCUCGACGCUUGCGGAGACACUUCACUUGAGGAGUAUUCGAUACACGAGAUUUGGGGCAAAUUUGCCGAUUCUGUUGAUACGGAUACGAGCAAGAUGGCAUUCAUGGCUGUUGUGAAGAGAUUAAUGAUAUAUUUGGUGGAUAGUAACCGGGGAGUGAGAGAUAUGCUGGAAGAAUUGAUUUCGUUGUUGGAUCGAUUGCUCAGGGCAUGA